UGAAGGAGAUAAAAAGAGACGCUGAACGCCCAUCUAGCUUCAGUUUGUUUCUGACUGAACGUCCGCACGCACAGGUGUACCAUUCCUCCUCUCCUCUCGACGCAACUCGGCAACGAAAAGGCACUUCCUAUCUCUCCACCGCAUUAACAACACAACAGAUCUUGAAAUGGUCGGGAUGCUGGCCUUGUCUUUGCUGAUUGCCCAGGCUGCCGCCAUGGGAGGCUUUUCAGGUAACGAUCCCUGCAGUCCUUAUCCUUGUGGCCCCAAUACGGAUUGUAUGGUCAGCCCGCUUGGCGUGGCUGUCUGUCGCUGCAAGUCGGGUUUCUUUCCCAAGCCGGACACGAUCACCGGUUGCGGACCGCAGUGCGACGACGAUGACGAUUGUUCGAAUACGCAAAACUGCGCCAGGGGACGAUGUGUCAACAUUUGCGAAGAGGGCAUUUGCGGAAUCAACGCUGUUUGCGAACCGCGGAACCGCCGUGCCAUCUGUCGUUGUCCGUCCGGCUACUCUGGCGAUCCCUUUACUCGCUGCACUGCAGGUCAUACCGAUCAACGAAUUCUGACCGGUUCCAGCAGCAGUCACAGCAGCUUCAACAGUAAUCCAUUUAGUGGUAACCGACAGACGAUCGUCACUGGAUCCGAUAGCUUCGGUGGUUCCUUUAGCAGCGCCCCUGUCUCGAGUUCUUCCUUCGGCUCAUCUAGUUCCUCAUUUAGCCCAGCUGCUGGAUCUUCUUUCACUAGUAGCAGUUCAACCUUUGGUGAUGAUCCUUGCGCCAAUUUCAACUGCGGAUCAAAUGCCAACUGCCUACUUCGAAGCUUCCGGGCUGUUUGCGCUUGCCGUGCUGGUUAUGAGGGUGACCCUUACACUGGAUGUCGUCGCUCAGAGUGUGUCGAAAACAACGAGUGCCCCACCGACAAGGUCUGCCACAACAACCGCUGUAUCAAUCCAUGCUCGACGUCUUGCGGUGUCGAUUCUGAAUGUACCGUUCGCAAUCACGUCACUGUCUGCCAAUGCCCCAAAGGAUUCACCGGCGAUCCAUUCGUGUCCUGCAACCCAUCUUCCAGUUCCAACCUGGCCAGCCGUCAAACUGGUGGAGAUUACUGUACCCCCACUCCGUGCGGAGCCAACUCCAAGUGUCGCGUCGAGAACAACCGGGCCGUCUGCUCUUGCCAGGAUGGAUUUAUGGGCAAUCCCAUUGAGGGAUGUCGCCGUGAAUGCGAAACCGAUUCCCAAUGCGAUGCCAACCGGGCUUGCCUAGGCUUCCGUUGCACAGAUCCAUGUGGAAGUUGCGGAACUUAUGCCGACUGCAACGUUCGGAACCAUCGCGCAAUCUGUAGUUGCCCGGCCAACUUCUUGGGUGAUCCGUACAGCAGAUGCUAUCCCGAAUGCACGCAACACGAGGAAUGUCGUCCCAGCCAAGCUUGCUUCAAUCUCAAGUGUGUCGACCCGUGCCAAGGAGCUUGCGGCGACCGAGCCGAAUGCCGUGUCGAGAACCACAAGGCCAUUUGCUCUUGCCCCAAGGGCUACACUGGACAUCCAUUCACUGCUUGCCGACCUUUCGACAAGAGCGAUCUCUGCAACCCCAAUCCUUGCGGUACGGAUGCCGAUUGUAAACCAGGCACAGACCGUCAAGGAAACGACAGGCCAGUCUGCUUCUGCCGCGUUGGAUAUUUGGGUGAUCCCUUAGUCGGAUGCCGAAGAGGCCAAUGUAUCGAUCACGCCGACUGCCCCGGCCAACAAGCCUGUUACGGAUAUCAAUGUGUCGACCCAUGCACCAGUACCUCCUCGUCGAGGUCCUCCGUUUGCGGAAUUGGCGCACGUUGCGACGCACGUAACCAUGGAGCCGUUUGUUCUUGCCCCAUCGGCCAGGAUGGCGAUCCUUUGGUUGAAUGCCGUGCUUCCUUCAGGGGUUAAAACAAUCCAUUAUUGCAAUUCUAGUAAAGAAAACAAAUUUUCCUUCUCUUCUCUUCCUGUCACCACAUACCCGGAAUUCAAACGAAAAUUUUUAAAAAAAGUGGGAAACGACAAAAAACGAAAAUAAAGCAAACUCAGCAAACGCCUUGACGAUGUUUCAUCUCUUACGCUGUAAAAAAAAAGGAAUCGCUUUAUUACUUGUGUCCAAUUUUAUACCUUUUGACCAACCAGGGGGUGGGGCAUCGCAUCUCUUUCAGGACAGAACAACGGAAACUAAUUCUGUUUUUUUCAUAUAUUAUUUUGUUUUUGUUUUGAUUUUUCUGUGUUUGUCUGAUAUUUGGCUUUGUACCUAAUUUAACGUGUCUCAACAACUGCUUAUUUCCUGCAAACGGCAUGAUAUUAUCUUUAAUAUUAUACCUGAAUGAUUAACUCUGGCCUUAAAAUACAACGAGAAAAAUCGUUUUCUAAAAAAGA